AUGUCUGGGGAAGGUGGCUCACGGGUAUCGCAUUCGCCGCGGCAGUCCAGAGUAUUCAGUCGUAGCAUCAAGGCACCUCUCAUCGCGAUUCUCGGGCUGAUAGCCACCGUCUCCGUCUGCGACAAACUCCAGCCUUUGCAAGUCAACCUCUUUGGGCGCAACGAUAGCUCCCAGACACCCCCAUCAUGGAACUGGAGAGAUCUCCGGCCGGAUCGUUCGCUGCAAUGGAACAAGUGCUACGGGGGUGCCUUUGAGUGCGCCAGGCUAGAUGUGCCCAUGGACUGGCAAGACUCGUCCAACAGCGAACGAGUCACUCUCGGUGUGAUGAAGCUGCCGGCCAGGUCCAAGGAGAACCCGCUGCCACCCGUCUUUGCGAAUCCGGGCGGGCCGGGCGGCUCGGGGGUUGACUUCUUGAAAACCCUUGGGCGUGCGCUGCAGAUCAUUGUCGGGGAUAACCAGGACAUCAUCUCGUGGGACCCGCGGGGAGUCGGCGUUUCCACUCCCCGCGUCGAGUGCUGGGGCAACGCGCUGCGAAGGCAGAUGUGGGAGCUGCAGGACACGGGCGUCGUUGACGAGCGGCAAGGGCUGGUGUACGACGCCUUCUCCCGGUCCGUCGCCUGGGCCGGCGCCUGCGAAGCCGCACUCAACGGGACCAAGCUCCUGCAGCACCUCAGCACGCCGCACCACGCCCGGGACAUGCUCGAGAUCCUCGACAAGACGGGGCACCCCAAGCUCCGCUACUGGGGCAUCAGCUAUGGCACAGCCCUGGGCGGCGUGUUCGCAGGGCUGUAUCCCGACCGCGUGGAGCGGCUUGUGAGCGACGGCAACGUGGACUACGGCGAGUAUUUCGGCCGGGGGCUCCACAACUUUCUCCGCGACGCCGACAGCAUCCUAGACGCCUUUGACAGCGCCUGCCAUGCCGCCGGCCCCGAGGCAUGCGCCCUCUGGGCCCCGAGCGCCAAGGCCAUCGAGCAGCGGCGCGCCAACCUGCUGGCCAGCCUCAAGAAGCGCCCAGUGCUGGUCCCGGCGUGGUCGCGCGAGAGCGGGCCCGACAUGCCACAGCGCAUCACCUACUCCAAGCUGCAGCGACUGACACGCGCCGUCGUCUACUCGCCCUCCUUCUUCUUCGAGAUCAUGGCGCGCGGAUACGCCGCGCUCGAGGCCGGCGACGGGCCGCGCUUCUACGAUGUGCUCCGCGCGGCGGUGGGACAGGGCAACGGACCGCCCGAGGCGAACCCCGUGUGCUCGCAGGGCGACACGCCGGCUGCGAUGCCGCGGGAGAUUGCGUCUGAGCCCGACGCCUUCUCGGCCAUCAUGAGCUCCGACUCGCAGGGGCCGCGCUCGCUUGAGGAGUUUGAGGACUACGUCGCGUACCUCAGGGAAAGCAGCCGCUGGCUGGGCGCGGCUCAUGCGGAUUUCGGCGCGGGCUAUGCCGGUCGCUCCGUCGAGCCCCGGUGGCGCUUCAGCAAAGACGACAUCAAGGCCGACACAGCCUUUCCCAUCCUCUUUAUCGGCAACACAGGCGACAACGUGACGCCACUGGAAAGCACUUAUAACAACUCUGCCCACUUCCCCAGCUCGUCUGUCUUGGUGCAAAAGUCUUUUGGCCACGCCUCCAUUGCCGCGCCGUCGACCUGUACGGCCCAGCACAUCCGGGCCUAUUUCCAGAACGGCACGCUGCCCGUGUCGGGAACGCAGUGCGAGCAGGACAUUGGCCUGUUCGAGGACUCCCCUUUGCAGAGUUCCACCUUGGGUCCCUGGCAUGGGCGCGAGCUGUCCAGGGCCGUGUAUGAGUUUUCGCGCGAGGCGGCCGUGCAGAUGCUGCGGGGAGUUUCUGUGUGA